UUGUCUCUUUUCAUCUCCUAACAUGAAGUUGUUGAUCUCUACUGUCGUGUUGGUGCUGGCUGGCCGUGGCAGCGCCGUCGUCCAGUCAUCAUCUCACCUCUCCUUCGGCCCUGCUUCUCAUAGACCCUCAUCCUCAGGACUACAUGGAUCCGUAGGACUUGCCUCUCAUGGCUCCUCUCUCUCAGGACUUCGUGGAUCUGUGGGACCUGCUUCACACGGGUCUUUCCUGUCUAGACCCCAUGGGUCUGUCAGUAGCCUUAGCCAUGGCUUCCCUGCUGUGUCUCGUGGGAGCUACACACCACCUAGACCAACUUAUCAUGCACCUCAUGACACUUACACGCCGCCUAAAACCACUUAUGGAGCUCCCUUAGACACUUACACCCCUCCGAAGACUACUUACGGAGCUCCCUUAGACAUCUACGCAACCCCUCAAACUACCUAUGGUGCACCCGUAGAUAUUUAUAUUCCCCCUAGGAGUACUUAUGAUGCUCCAUUAGAAACUUACACUCCCCCUAAGACUACUUAUGGAGCUCCCAUAGACACUUACACUCCCCCUAAGACUACUUAUGGAGCUCCCAUAAGCACUUACACUCCCCCUAAGACUACUUAUGGAGCUCCCCUAGACACUUACACUCCCCCUAAAACUACUUAUGGAGCUCCCAUAGACACUUACACUCCCCCUGUCGAUGUGUAUGACGUUCCACUAGACACUUACAGUCCCCCAACCUACGGUACUUACCAUUAAUAUAAGGGCACACAUCCUGGCGUUUUAGGUAACAUCUUUCCUAUGUUCACUAGGAAUUAUCCAUAACGGCUAUGAACACUUAUGACUGGGAGUGUCCACCAUGGUUCUGUGCUGAUUCAUCGUGACUCUACGCUCAUUUACUGUGGUUCUGGGUUGAUAUAGCAUGCCUCACUUCUAAAGCUGUAUGAAUCAAAUGGGUUUAGUAACCUUUUACGACUUUAAUAAUAAUGUUCUGAUUAACCGCGGUUCUACCAACAGCGCCCGUGGCUAAAUAGGUAACCAUGAAUCUCAUCCAUAGAACGCUUAAACCUUAUCUAAUAUAUACAAAAUAGAACAAACAUACUUUCAUU